CAUGUCUAUCCACUCUUUAACCUCAUUUUUGAGUUUUACUAGGCUAAGAUUGUUUAUCAUGUUGAGCAUGCACUUGUUACCUAUACCUUUUUGGUGUUUUUGAGAAUUUGUAAGGAUUAAGAAAUCAAACAGAUAGCAAAUGAAUGUAUUGUCUAGAAAGUGAAGUCUUUCAUUCCACUUACAAUAUUACCUCACUCUCUGUCCCCUAAAGUCAUCAAAGUUGCAUAAUGCACAAGCAUUGUCAAGCCUUGGCAACAUAUAUAUACAUGGAUUGUAAUAUGAUGAGUGUUGCUGCAUCAUUCUAUAAGACAAUUUUAGCAAUUACAACAGGGAUAUCUGUGCCCUUCAACAACUUGGCUAUUAUAUACAAGCAACAGCUUCAAGAUAUCAAACUCUACACCUUCUAUAUGGAGCUAGAUUUGCAAAAGUCAUAUCCAACUCGAGGAAGUGACUUAUUGACAUGGGAGAGAACUUAUUGGUAACCAAGGACUUUGUGAAGAUAGCAAAUUUUGGCCUUGCUCGUGAAGUUCAUUCGAAGCCACCAUUCACAUAAUAGGUUUCAACACGCUG